AUGAUCGCCAGAGUUCUUCGGCUUCUGAGUCGACUUAAGGAUGCUGGCCGUGAUUUUAUCUUCAAGGCCAUCGACAAAGACAGCUUCACCAUAGCUGGACGCCGUGGAUCACGUAUACUGGAGGAAGCGCCUCUCCACAACGGACUUUACUUCGUUGUUGCGUACAACCACAGCCUCGUUGGACACGCGUUCGUGCUCAGAGCUCAAGGGAAGAAGGACAAGACCUGGCGGAAUUUUGACUUGGAGGAUCCCAAACCAGUGUCGUCGGCGAUGGAUUGGAUCACCUUCGUGGCCUGUAUUCUCCCUUUCAUUGUCUUCAAGAAGACGUAG